CGGCGGGGGGGCGGUUGGGGUGCGCGCCGGCCGGAGUGGACGCCGCCGCGGCCGCCAUGCAGGUGACGGUGAAGGCGCUCCAGGGCCGCGAGUGCAGCUUGCAGGUGUCGGAGGAUGAGCUGGUGUCCACGCUGAAACAUCUGGUCUCCGAGAAGCUGAACGUCCCCGUGCGCCAGCAGCGGUUGCUGUUCAAGGGCAAGGCCCUGGCAGAUGGGAAAAGACUCUCCGAUUACAGCAUUGGGCCCAAUUCCAAGCUCAACCUAGUGGUCAAACCUCUGGAGAAGGUGUUACUGGAAGAAAGCGCUGCCCGGAGACUGGCCGAGACCCCACCCCCACCCCCACCCGCCUGGCAACUGAUCUCCAAAGUCUUGGCCCGCCACUUCAGUGCUGCUGAUGCCAGCAGAGUCCUGGAUCAACUACAGAGGGAUUAUGAGAGGUCCUUGAGUCGCCUGACCCUGGAUGACAUCGAACGCUUGGCUAGCCGCUUCCUGAACCCCGAAGUGACUGAAGCUAUGGAGAAAGGGUUCUCCAAAUAGGAUUCUCUGAGUGUGGGGAGGAGCCCGCCAGGCUGCAAGCUGCAUGUAGCAUUAAAUGUGUUCUCAUGUUGCAAUUUGGCUCAUAAUAGUAAUAGCUGGCAAGUAUCCCUCCCUGGCUCUUGCUAGGUGCCAGGCACCUCGCACAAAAGGUGAGACAGCUGAGGCUCCUGGCAAUGAAGUGAUGGAGCCAGAACCUGAGUCCAGCCAGCUUCUAGAAGUGCCUCAGGGUGAGAAGGAGAAACGGGCUGUUGGAAGGGUUCCAAGGGAUGGGCUUUGGCAUUUUGUGUUUAGCCCACUGAGAAUAAACCCUCGAGCGACUCCUUUCCAGGUCUGAAAGGGGAAGCAGCUGGCCCCUGCUGCCCAGUCCUGUCACCUGACCUCUGGCAGGUCUAGCAUUGGUGGGAGGCCAAGUGGCAGCCAGCCCGGAGCCCCCUCAGCUGCUGCAGCAAGUGCACUCGACGCAAGAUAUGCAGGUUGGGGAAUCAGGGAUGAACGUCGCCCAGCUCUGCAGUAUGACUUCAAGCAAGUCCCUGUGCCACGUUGGUCCCCAGCUGUUGACUCUGCACAAUGAGGGCCAGUCCUUAAACCUCAGUCAAUUUCCUUCAUCCUUACCCCAGCCCUGGGGUGAGGAGUUGGCGGUGAUCCUCCCUCUUGUUUUCCAUAAACAAACUGAGGCCAAAAGCCAAGCGAUGGCCAAAUGUGGCCCAGAGAUGGGGUGUCCGAGCCUUUUGUGUCACAGCUCUUAUGUGGGCACCCCCCCCCCCGCUUGUACCCUCCUGGACACGGGCAGUUCUCACCCCUUCGGAAUUACAGGUCACUGGCUUGAGGUCACUCAACGAGGCAGUGCGAGAGCUAGGCCUCAGCCAGGCCCCUGUACCCUGCGCUCACCCAUAGCGUGGAAGGGAUCCUUCCCCUGCCACGUGUGUACAAGGGCUUUCACUUUGCACACCCCUCACUGCCUGAGACGAAACCUCGGGUGCCAGGGACGGGGAAGAAGCAUGGGCUAGUGGCACUGGUCCUCCCACCCUCCCUGGUGUGUGGGCACUAGAGGUCAUCUACGAGCCUCCUUCUUAAAGGAGGGCAUCCGGGGUGGUUAAGGCUGGAAGGAAGCUGCCCUCCAGCCUGGGCCUCUUGGGGCAAACGCUGGGUCCCCAGGCUGGGAAGAUGAACAGAGGUCUGAUGGGCAAAGGCUUUGAGGAGCAGACAGAAGCCCCUGACCCCAGUUGAGAGCUGGGAAUAGCAAACAGGGCCCACUUAGGAGCCCGUGUGGUCUGGCAGCUCAUGUGACAGACUUAGCAAUGCUCUCAUUUCUUUUGAGUCAGGAACUUGAUGUUGAAAUUUUAAAUAGCACUCAAGGUGAAUGUGAGACUUGGACUUUUAUCCAAAAGGAACUAUAUUAGCUAGGCUGCUUUUGGUUUCCAAUAAUUGAUUUAACCGUAAAGGAAAUUGAUUUAAACAAUAAAGGAAACUUACUGGUUUACGAAA